UCUAUAAAAGCGCAUUUGCGAUCAAUGUGAGAAGCAAUUGAGUUCUAACCAUGCGAGCGAUUGCAGUGUUUGGAUUAUUUACAGUUUUUUUGGCCUUGAGCAAUGCUUAUGGCGUAUCCCAUGGCGGCGGAGGAUCAGGUGGACUGGGCUUGGGCACGGGCCUAGGUGGUGGCCUUGGACUUAGUUUAGGCGGAGACAAGGGCGGUUUGCUAGGCCUUGGAUUAGGCGGCAGCAGUAGCGCAAGUGCCAGUUCGUCGGCUUCUGCCGGUGGCGGUGGAGGAUAUGGCAGUGGCGGUGGCGGGUACGGUGGAGGUGGCGCAGGGGCUGAUGGUGCAGGUUCUGGCGGCGCAGGUGCCGGUGGCGCAGGAGCUGGUGGGCUUGGCCUCGGUCUCGGCCUAGGACUUGGCGGCGGAAUCGGUGGUGGUGGUGGCGCCGGCGGCGGUAAAGGCUUAUCUGGAGGUUAUGGAUCAGGCUCUGCUGGUGCAGAUGCUGGAAGCGGAUUAGGUGGAGGCAUAGGUGGUGGACAUGGCGGAGCUGGUGGUGGCGGCGGUGGACACGGAUCUGCAUCAGCAGGCAGUUCUGCCGAUGCUGGUGCUGGAGGUGGAUUCGGUGGUGGUGGUGCUGGUGGUGGAUUCGGUGGUGGAGGUGCUGGUGGUGGUGGUGGUGCUGGUGGUGCCGGUGGUUACGGUGGUGGACAAGGCGCAGCCGGAGGCCAUGGAUCAGGAUCUGCCGGUUCAAGUGGUGGCGUAGGAUUGGGCAGUGCAGGCGGCUUUGAAGGUGGACAAGGCGCUGGUGGUUUUGGCGGUGGUAAAGGCGCAGCCGGAGGCCAUGGAUCAGCUUCUGCAGGUGGUUCUGCCGGUGGCCUCGGCGGAGGUGGUGGUGGUGGUGGUGGCGCUGGCGGUUAUGGUGGCGGUCAGGGCUCAGCCGGAGGUCACGGAUCUGGUUCUGCUGGUGGCGGCGCAGGUGGCAUUGGAGGUGGACUUGGCGGUGCUGGUGGUUUUGGCGGCGGUAAAGGCGUAGGCGGAGGCCAAGGAUCUGCAUCAGCAGGUGGUUCUGCUGGAGGUGGGGGAUUUGGUGGUGCUGGCGGUUACGCUGGCGGCCAAGGCUCAGCCGGAGGCCACGAUUCGGGCUCUGCUGGUGGCGGCGCAGGGGGCUUUGGAGGUGGACUUGGCGGUGCUGGUGGUUUUGGCGGCGGCAAAGGGGGAGCUGGAGGCCAUGGAUCUGCUUCAGCAGGUAGUUCUGCCGAUGCAGGCGCUGGAGGCGGAGGUGGAGGUGGAGCCGGUGGUGCUGGUGGAUACGGUGGCAGUCAAGGCGCAGGCGGAGGUCAUGGAGGUGGCGGUGCUGGUUUAGGACAAGGCUCAGCCGGAGGUCACGGAUCAGGCUCUGCUGGUGGCGGCGCAGGUGGCAUUGGAGGUGGGCUUGGCGGUCCUGGUGGUUUUGGCGGCGGCAAAGGGGGAGCUGGAGGCCAUGGAUCUGCUUCAGCAGGUAGUUCUGCCGAUGCAGGCGCUGGAGGCGGAGGUGGAGGUGGAGCCGGAGGUGCUGGCGGUUACGGUGGAGUUGGAGCCGGUGGUGCUGGCGGUUACGGUGGCAGCCAAGGCGCAGGCGGAGGUCAUGGAGGAGGCGGUGCUGGUUUAGGUCUUGGUCUCGGUCUUGGUCUCGGUCUCGGCGGAGGCUUAGGUGGUGGUGGUUUUGGUGGCGCAGGAGGACACGGUGGUGCUGGAGGUUUUGGCGGUGGCCCUGGAGGUUUUGGCGGUGGUCCUGGAGGUUUUGGCGGUGGUCAUGGAGGUUUUGACGGUGGUCCUGGAGGUUUUGGCGGUGGUCCUGGAGGUUUUGGCGGUGGCCCUGGAGGUUUCGGCGGAGGUCCUGGAGGUUAUGGCGGUGGUGCUGGAGGUUAUGGCGGUGGAGCUGGAAAGGCCGGUGGUUACGGAGGCGGUGGUAGCCGUGGUGGUUACGGAGGUGGUGGUAGCCAUGGUGGCUAUGGUGCAGGCGGCUCAUCAUCUGCGUAUGCAUCAUCAUCAGCAUCAGCUUCAGCAUCAAGCGGUGCCAAAUCCGGCUAUCACGGCUAAGUUGAAAACCUAGCAUUUCGCUAGAAUUUUCGAGAAUGUGACUUUUUGUAUUUUAAAAACGAGGAGAUUUUAUGUGUUCGACUGUUGUUAGUAAAAAAACCAUUAGGAAUCUGUAAUGUGAUUGAAAUAAAACUGAAAAAAAAAAACGUAAAACGUAUUAAUGUAAU